GAAAUACAAGCCGAUAUGGCGACUAUAUAAAAUCAUGCUUAGCUGACGCGACACAUUAAAAAGUAUUGGUGAUAACGUCAUAGUUAUAACUACAGAGAGAAAUGUGCAGAUGAAUUCGAUAUGACAGCAUAUAAAGAGAUUAUGGACGAAUGCAAAAAACUUAGAACAUUACUACCAAGCUCAAUUACUCACUUUGACGAUCAAAAAGCUGCUGAAUUAGACAAAUCCUCUGAACAUUACAAAUUGCUGCACACUGUGCAGCAAGCGGUUUUCAAUUUUAAAUUCUGGACGAAGGAGUCUGAUGAAGUAAUGGGUGCUGUUGAAGAGCAACAAAAAUAUACGGCGGCAGAUAUUUCUACUUCCCAUUGCAAUUAAAUUGUCUAUAACCCACCACGGUCACCAAAACCUAUGCUUGCACCCUUUUUUCACGCCAGUAAGACCUAAUAAAAGGAAAACACCUCAUGAAUAUAACCGGGAUGAAGACAAGAAGUAGGCGUUGCAUCAGCC